CGCCCUAGAAUUCCCAGUGGUCUGGUCUCUGCUGUCGGCUGCCCCACGUAACACGUGUGUUUCGUGUUCAGAGCUUGAGCCGUGUCCUUCCUCUACAGUUCUUCGUUCGCUCUAUCAUAAGGCCGCCAUGAGUUCUGUAGAUGAAAUUCUAGCAAAGGUUUUGGAACCGGAUAAUGAAUCUAUUAAAACGGGUACAGCUGAACUAAAAGAGGCACUUAAACGUCCGACCAUUUGCCCGACAUUACUUCAUAUUGGAAAGUAUUCCCCUAGCCCCCAAAUUAGACAAUAUGCCCUUGUCUUAUUGAGAAAAAGAUUGGCUAAGUAUUAUCAUUGGGAAAAACUCACACUCGACUUCAAACACAGCAUUAAGUCGGGACUUUUAGAUGCUCUUACCCGCGAGCCUGAGACUAGUGUACGAAAUGCAGCUGCACAAGUUAUUGCAUCUAUAGCACAACAUGAAUUGGCUGACAGAAAAUGGCCUGAAUUACUGACGUUUAUUCAACAGCUGUGCUGCCAAGGAAAACCUAAUGAGAAAGAAUUGGGAUUGUAUCUCUUGAGCAUUGUGGCCGAUUCAGCUGGUGAAGAGCUCAAGGUGUUUCUGAAACCCUUCAUUUCUAUAUUCCAUUCAGCUUUGCAAGAUUCUAACGUUGGUUAUGCAUACUAUGCCGGAAUGACACUCAAAAACUUGAUUCCGUACAUCGGCACUGAAGAGGCUACGAUGAUUCAGCCGCUCAUCCCCAAAGUUUUGGUCGUAGUGAAGAAUUUGGUCCAUAAUGAUGGAGCUAAAGCAGUUAACCUUAUGGAAAUCUGGGAAGAGCUUUUGGAAACUGAAGUUUCACUGUUGGCACCUCAUCUGAAAGCAGUUGCGGAACUUUGCUUAGAGAUUGCUUCUAAGAAGGACUUGGACGACAGCAUUCGUAUUAGAGCUUUGAACUUUAUUGCAACUCUGGCGAGACUAAAGAAAAAGUCAAUGAUUAAGAACAAACUAGUCAGUCCAAUCCUGCAAACACUUUUCGUGUUGAUGGCGGAAGCGGACGAAGAAGAGGAAGACGACGAUGAAGACGAUCAGGUCGAGUCUAGUAAGCCGUGCAUUGUAGCUGCCCAAACACUGAACGAGAUGGCUCUGCACUUGCCGCCCGACAAGGUGAUUACACCUUUGCUUCAGUGGGCUGAGCCGGCUUUCAAAGGAUCUGAUAUUCGUUCCCACCAAGCGGCGUACACGGCCUUAGCCGUCGUCGCGGAGGGCUGUGCGGAGCAUAUUCGAACAAAGUAUUUGCCGGCUUUUGUUCAGUGUGUCUGCAAUGGCAUCAAACAUCCCCAAGCUUACGUGCGUAAUGCUGCUCUCUAUGCAGUUGGCCAGUUUUCUGAACACCUCCAACCCGACAUUGACAAAUACGCCAACGACAUCCUGCCCGUCCUUUUUGAAUAUUUGUCGGCCACUUGCAACAGCUUAGCCAGUGGACAAAAAGUGCCCCGUUGCAUCGAUCGCGUCUUCUAUGCCUUAGAAACGUUUUGCGAAACUAUGGAGGAAAAACUUAUUCCCUUCGUUCCCUCUCUAAUGGAUCAUUUUUUCGCUGCUCUGAAUCCAGCCUAUCCUUUUCACGUCAAGGAACUGGCCCUUAGUGCCGUUGGUGCCACUGCGAACGCGGUUGGCAAAGCCAUGGUUCCAUACUUUGGUCGCGUCAUGGAGUAUUUGAAAGUCUAUCUGAGCGGGCAGUUGACACCGGAAGAAAUGCCGCUACAGGUUCAAGCCCUAGAUACGUUGGGCGUAAUUGCCCGAACGAUCGGCGAGCAAACCUUCCGGCCAUUUGCUGAAGAAUGUCUUCAUUUUACACUUACCCUAGUCCAAGGCAAAGACGAUCCUGAUUUGCGGAAAUGCGCGUACGGGGUAUUUGCCUCGCUUUCUUGCGUACUGAAAGACGACAUGGCUGCUGCCUUACCCGUCAUUGUUCCUUUGCUAAUGAAAGCUGUCGAGAGCAAUGAAGGCGUUACUGCUCAAUUGAAAGAUGAUGACGACGAAUCAGCGUUUCCUGCUGGUGACCUACUUGACGAUGACGAAGACGUCUCACCCAUGGACAAUGAGGAGGAUGAUGAUGAGAGCGACGUAGCUGGCUACACGGUUGAAAAUGCAUAUUUGGAAGAAAAAGAAGAAGCAUGUCUUGCCCUUCGGGAAUUGGCUCUUCAAGCAAGAGGGCCGUUUAUCUCUUACGUGGAACAGUGCAGCGGGCCUAUCUAUAAACUAGUCGAUUACGGUCACGAAGACAUAAGACGAGCUGCGCUAUCUUCACUAACUCAAUUUACAAUCUGCAUAGGCAAACAACCUAACGGAGAGGAAGCUUGUUUGGCAGCACUGGCCGUUCUCAUUCCUAAACUCUCGGAAGCCAUCCACACAGAUUCUGAGAUAGAUGUCGUUAAUGGAGCGCUCGAUUGCCUAACGGAACUUUUGAAGGAGUUGAAAGGUCUUGUCAUUAAAUCCCAGGGCCAUUUGGAUGCGGUGUUGAUGUGCAUUAAGAACGUGUUUAGCAAAUCGACUCAAUGCCAAAUGAUGGAACAAGCUGAAGAAAGCAAUGAAGAAGAGGAUGACCCAGAAGAUCCAGACUCGGAAGCUAGCGAGAAGCUAAUAGAGUACGCCGGGGAUGUUUUACCUGCCCUGGGCAGUGCCAUGACGCCCCAAGAAUUUGCGCCGUAUUUUGCUGGACUUCUGCCAUCUAUCCUUCAGAGAACGAAAAAGAAUUGCACUAUUGCGGAAAAGUCGUUCAGCGCCGGCGUGCUGGCUGUUUGCAUGGAACCACUUGAUGGCGUUUUGGAACCGUUUGUACCGCAUCUGUACACUGCGUUUACUACCCUGAUGCGCGAUUCGGAUAGCGAAGUACGCAACAAUUCCGUUUUCGGAUUGGGAGAGCUGGUCCUUCAUGGUCGAGAACUACUUUUCCCAAAUUAUCCGCAAAUUCUUCAGUUCCUGUCGACCGCUGUGUCGCGCGAAGAUAAUCCACUCGCGUUAGACAAUAUUUGCGCUGCAAUUACUCGCCUGAUAAUCGUCAAUAUGAGUGCCGUACCAAUGGACCAGGUGUUCCCCGUGUUGAUGAGUCACCUGCCGUUGCGUGAAGACUUUCACGAGAACUCUUCGGUGCUCAAAUGCUUCCUCUUCUUGUUCCAAAACGGACAUCCUCUAUUCGUGUCACACCUUCCUCAAAUCAUGAACGUGAUAUUGACGAUGGCAACACAACAAGAGCUACAGCCAGAGCAAAAACCAAUGAUUAACGAAUUGAUGGGCAACAUUGCAUCCGGUUUUUCUGAUCUGUACAACGGUUGGGCAGCGGCCCUUCCAGCUGAAGUGCAGCUUAAGUUGAAAGAAGUUUUGGCUUGAUAUUGAUAUCAUAAGCACCCGUUAAACUCCUAUUUGGUUCUCUGUUA